AUGUCCAACUACAGUGGUGAAUCUUACGGUCAGCCCCAGGGCUACUACCCGCCCGAGCAAUAUCCUUAUGCUCAGCCGCAGUACAACCAACAAGCCUAUCCUCCCAUGAACGAGCAGCAUGUCCAGCAAACUUCGCCGCCUCCCCAAUACUACGCCCAAUCGCAGUCCCCGCCUCAGCAGGAGUACCAGCUGAAGUACCAGCAAACUGGCGAGAACGCCUCCUACUACCACAAAGACCCCGAACACAACCCCGAAGGACCCGACGGUGAAAGGGGCCUCGGGUCCACAGUGGUAGGCGGCGCCGCUGGAGGAUACAUGGGCCAUAAGAUGGGUGGCGGCAAGCUGGCAACUGCUGGUGCUGCGGUUGCUGGUGCAGUCGGCGCGAACAUGAUCAACCAUCACUUUAACAAACCUCAACCUCAACCUCAACCCGCCCCUGCGCAAUACGCUGCUGCGUCAUAUGGUGCUGCUCCAGCUGCCGCUGUCCCUGUUGCUACCGUCCCUGUUGCCACUGUCCCUGUUGCUCAGGCCGGCCCACUUGGAGGAGGAAUGAGCGGCAUGGGAGGCAUGGGCAUGGGUGGCAUGGGUAGACUCGGUGCCCUUCAGGCCCGCCGAACUAUGAUGCUCCAACGACGGGGCUUUUACUGA